GGUUGGUUGGUUGAUUGAUUGAUUGAUUGAUUGAUUGAGACAAUGAAACAGAAAAGGAAUUUCGAUAGACGAGAGAGAAUAGACCGACUCUGAUAAUAAACAUGUUCUUGCCAAUGGUUGGAUCACACCUGUUUGCAGAAUGACGAAGUACAAUAAGGAGGCCGUUAAAAAACACUUCGCAGACUUGGGACCAGUAGGUCCACUUAAUAAAGGCAACAGGAGUAGACGAUGCAAGUAUUGUGACAGGCCAGUCAGUGGGACAGCCAACAGGGCGAGAGACCACUUCCUGAAGUCGAGAUGUCAUGUCAGCCGGUUGAAAGGAACCUUGCCGAGGGAGGAAUUCCAGCGGAGGGAGAGAGGGAGACUACAAGCCUUGUCGGAGCUUGGGGCGGCAAGCGCACUGGUGGAGGAGGGUUCGUCGGAGGAGAAUGAGAUUGUGCCGGGAGAUGUCACUCCGGAAUGUCCAGCGGCUGCCUCCGAGCCUGGGUCCGGAACACUAUUGCGCCAGGCUACCAUCAUGAACAACGGUGUUGUGUUUGCGACCCACGAGGAGACUCAGCGCUCCAUUGACGACUCGAUGACUGCGGAGUGCAUCCCUUUUAACAUGAUGAGGAGCAUAUACUGGGAUAGAUUGGUAAAAAACCUGAUGAAGGCGCCAACCUCGUUUCAAUACGCAAAGUACGAGAAGGCGCGAACAGUGCGAGUGCAGAAAAUCCGACAGAGGGUUUCUGCAAGGGUAGAGGAAUUGCGGCAGCAGUGGCCCACCACUGGUUGCUUGCUGCAAUUGGAUGGGUGGACCGAUCGGCGUGCGAGGCCACACAUCAAUGUGAUGAUCUCUUUUUCGAAGGGGGUAAUAUUUUGGCGGAGUGUGUGCAUGUCCAGGCGUGACAAAGGAUCUGUCGUGUACUAUGACAUAUUGAGGAAGGCCAUCAUGGAGAUUGGCGAAGAUUCAGUGGUGGGGAUUGUAAUGGAUAACGCAGCUGUGUGCGCACGUGAUGGACGAAUGAUUGAGGUGGAUUUCCCGCACAUUUUCUCUGUGUCGUGCACUGCGCACAGCAUAGAUUUGAUUUUGGAGGCAUUCGCAAAGAUAGGGUGGGUUAAUGAUGUUUUGAACAGGGCGUGGGAGGUCGCAAAGUUCUUCACCAACCACUCAAAGGUGCGGGACCUUUUGCUCUCCUCAAAUGACUCAGUCGUGGCAAAACCGGGUGCCACCCACAUUGUCAAUUCAACACAGCGACAGUUGUUCUUGAGUGCCACCCACUUCGUCGUUGAUGAUUCCUUCUGGGCGGGGGUGGCGAAGGUGCAGGAAACAUCCAAGGAAUUGUUAGACCUACUGAGGUUCGUGGAUGGACAGUUACCCACGAUUAGCAAAGUGUAUGGCCGCAUGGACUGUGUGGUGGAGAAGUUGAGGGCAAAAGAAUGUUUCAGCGAUGUGGAGAAGGAGGAGUUCGAGGAUAUCAUCAUGUGUCGCUGGAAUGUGAUGACAUCACCGCUGCAUUGCGCAACAAUGUUAUUGGACCCGGAGUAUAGAACAAUGCGUCCAGACAAGGAUGUUGAGGUCGCAGAUGGGUUUUGGACAUGGCUCUACUCGUGGUGUCCAAAACCGAAGUACAAAGAGGUUGAUGAGGGGGAGGAGAAGGAGGAGGGCAGAUCAGAAGAAGAAGUUGUUGCUGUGACAUCUGCCAAACGUCCAAGGGGCAGACCACGGAAGGAGGCAGUUCAAUUGUCCGCGGACACAGCAGCUUCCCCGGGGACUGCUGAUGUUGAAAGUGAGGCAAGGGAUGAUGAUGGGAGUGACAGCAGUUCUGCAGAGGACUGCGGCUCUGAAGAAGAUUAUGACUCAGAGGCACAACCUUUGGCCUCGAAGCGGCACAAACAGUUAGAUUGACUUAGUUAGUGAUUUGGCUAGUGAUGGGGUGGCUAUGAGAACUGCCUCUCUCAUACGCUAUUUUGAGAGAGAGAGAGAGAGAGAGAGAGAGAGAGAGAGUGAUGUUAGCAGCAUUGCUGACUAGAUAUUCGUGUCAACCGCUUUUCAUUGCACUGUUUUCUGCUGCUCAACUCUUUUGAUAAAACUUACGAAGUUAU